AAAAAAUUUGACUGUAACUGCGAAAUGAAUUUUCGUUCUGAUUUCUGUAAUAUGUAUGUAUGUUUUUAUGUCUGCGAUAAAUUAUUUCAGUAAUUGAUGUUAGUUCUCAUAAAGUAAGAAUGAUAUUUUAAAUUUAAAAAUUCUUUAUUCAUGAUUCAAAGAAAACUACAAAUAUCAAUGCAUAAAACUGAAGUUUUUUGACAAGUGGACUCAUGAGCACUAAAGGCAGUAGUAAUUCAUGGGUGCUAGUCGGUAAGGAUGGCCGUACUCAUGAUUUAUCUCAUGGAAUGAUAUUUAUUGGAAGAGAAGAAUGUGAUAUUGUAUUACAGGCUGCCAGUGCUGACAAGAGACAUGCUGUUUUAUGUUACAAUAAUGGUGAACAGAAAUUUCAUAUUAAAGAUUUAAAUAGCCUAACUGGGACUUAUGUGAAUGGAAUUAGAAUUCCUGAACAGACUUAUGUGAAACUAAAACGGUUAGAUUGUAUUAGAUUUGGUUAUGGUCCUGAUGUGUUUUACUUAGAAAAAAGUUCUAGCGCUACAUCUCCUCGGAAAGAAGAAAUUCCUCCUGUUUCAAAAAAAGAAAUUGUAAAGGCAGUUUCUAAAGAAGAAUUACCAAAUGAUAAAACAGUUGUCUCAUUAGCUGAAACUACUACUAGUAAAAAUUCCAAUAAUGUAGAUUUACCUUCUUUGACUCGAGAAGAUAACCCACCUGAUACGCUGCCUUUAAAUUUUACCAAUUCAAGGCAAGAGAAAGACUGGGACUGGGUUGGCCAAGAUGGUGCUCUGUCAGAUAGUCCUGAUUUUAGUCAAAGAAGUGAAACUUCUUCCUGUUCUGCUCCUCCCAAUUAUGGCACAGCUACAGCUGAUGAUAGAGAUACGGGUUCAGCUCAUUCUUCUCCUGCUGCUACAGCUUUUACCAUAGCCUUUGAAACCGAAGCAAGCACACCUAGAAAAAAGCUUGGAAUUAGGGAUAGUAUUAGUAAAUUUGCUCCUAGUAAAUUAGAUUCAGAAAACAGAGUAUCAUUUCAAAAGAAUAGUAAGACGGAACCAAGUCCUAAAAAACUUCCCUUGUCAGAUUCAAAACCUCCAUUGCCAAAAGCUAGGACCCAGUUUGGAUCUGCUGAUUUGAAAGAUAUUAAUGAAGAAAUUGGGAAAAUCACAGAUUCAACCUCUUUUCUAAUCAAAAAGAUGCUUAAUGGUGAGGUUUCACCAAGUGAUGUCCCUAACGAAUUAUCAUUAAAAGAAAAGCAACAAAACUCUCAAAAAGAUGGGGAUGACAGAAGCGAAGCUGGAACAUACACGGUAGAGACUGAACAAGCUGACUGUGAUGUGGAAGAAGCUAGGAGGAAAAUUGAUGAAGUGUUUGGAGUGAUACAAUUAUCUAAUUCUGUUCAAUCCUCGUCUUAUUCUUCAAGCACAACAUCAUCUUCAAACAAGCAGAUACCACGUUUAAAUGGACGUUUAAAACAACCUAUACUAAAAACUCCUAUUAAUCCCAAAAGAGAUUCUAGUAUGCAAUGGAAUACAGCAAACAAAACUUAUGGUAGAACCAGAGGACCAACGCCGGCAGCUUCCACAGAAAGUCUCAAUCAUAGUGACUCAUUGCCCCGCUCUCUUCAGCGCACUAGAAAAGUGGCUGAUCCCCCUCCGACUCCUGAUAGAACAAGAAGAGCGUCCAAGCUUGCCACCUCUCCUAAGUCUCCAGGAAAAGCAAGAACUCCUUCCACUUUGAAAUCGCCUGGUUCUUUAUCUAACAAUCUAUCUGCAGCUCCAUCCAAUAGAGACUCUCUUCAUAAAACUGACGAAAUCUCCAGGAGGCACUCUACUGACAGCCGCUCAGAAGGAUCGAAGUCUCCUCAUACCAAUGCUCAAUGGCAGAAAGUCCCUUGGAAUCUCUCAGGCUCAGAUCUAGACCUGGAUCGCAGCAAAUCUGAAAACAAUAGUAUUCUUUCCGACACUAGCACAGAACCUAGUUCGCACAGUUCUCAUUCUGGUCAGAGUCGCCCGGAUCAAGGGCCUCAAAUGAGGCUCAACAGGGCAUUCGCUUUAAGAAGGGCUAGACUUGAGUCUGAUAGUGGGAAACGAGGGAAGGAGAAUCGAACAUCUACAGCCAGCACGCAGCCAAAACCCAUUAAAAAAUCAGGAAAAUUAUCUUCGAGUACUUCUACUCUUCGUGAUGAAAGUAGUAGUGGACUUAGUAGUAGUAGUAGAAUGAGUAUGAGGCUGACUCCAAAUGCUGCAAAACCAUUUGUUGCUAGACAAAUGGCUCAGUGUUCUGAUCCUCUGAAAAGAAAGAUUGUGUCUAGUCAUAACAUGGAUGAUUAUCAUUGUAGGGGCUCCGGCAAAGAAAUCACGGCAUUAGAUUCUCUAGUCAUUUCAGCUAUUCAUCAGUUAGCAUCAAAGUUAUGGUCUAAUUCUAAAGAAUUAUUAGAAAGAGAGAGGAAAAAAUGCCCUAAAGGGAGUGAUACUUGGCUGAUGAUUGAUGAGGUUUUGCCCCAAGGCCCUGUAAGUGGUACUCCAGAAGAUGGAGAUUUCACUAAAGAUCUGUCGAGCAUUUUGAAGAAUUUAAAGCGAGUAGAACAAGGUAUAGAUGUGCUAGCCUCAAUUCUUGAAAAUGGGCGAGAUCCUGAGCCUGGUGUUGAGCCAAAAACAGCCCUGCCACAAAACUUUUUUGUUGUUAAUAUGUAAUAAUUAUUUGCAUCUGGUCUAUGUAAAAUCCAAUUUUAUUUUUAUGAAAGAACAAAACACACUGAACUAACAGAGGUGUAAUUUAUCGAAUUGUUAUGCUAUAUUGUUUCUCUUCCUGCCAUUUACAAUUUUCUUAAGUUCAGGUGAGACGCAUUGUACUAAUAUUCAUUGCCUUUAUACGGGGUGGCCACAGAACAAGAGAAAUAAAGAAGAACAAAGAAUUUUAUCAUUCUAGCGAAACCAAGGAAAUGUUAGGGACUAAACUAAACUAAAAUUCAUUACACAUCAGAGAAAAUAGAUAAAUUUAUGUUUUUAGACACCUAAACUCCGAUAUUUUUUCCAAAAAAAUUCGUCUUGUAAUUUAAGUUAAAGAAUAAAACAUCUCUUAAAAAUUAAUAAUAAAAUUUAUGUCACUAGUUACAGAAAUCACGAAAAUUCGAAAAAAUCUGAGAGUAUUUGUGGUCACCCUGUUUAUAGUACAGUAGAGAACCAAUUAUCCUGAAUUUUUUUGACCAAUCUCUUUCCAGCUGAUUGAUUUUCUGGAUUGUUAAAACAUAGCAGUUAAACAGUUGAUUGAUUUUCUAGAUUGUUAAAACAUAGCAGUUAAACAGUUUUUCAUAAUUAGUAGUAAUAAAAUAUAUCAUAAGAUUAAAUUAAUUAUUUAUUAAUCUACAAUUAUCCAUUUGUCUGCUAGUUAAUCUACUUAACUACAGGCAGGUGAAAGCAUGUUAAAGCUUAAUUUAAUCCUGUUAAAAACUAGUUUAGAGAUUGGGCAAUCUUAAACCAUCUCCAUCUGUUUGCCACUUAUAAAUAUGUAAGUCUUGCGGCUUUGAUGUAUGAGUGUUGAUGUAUUGUGAAGUAUGAUUUUAUCUUAUGAUUCUGCCAAAACUAAAUACUCCUCAAUAAUAAAUUAUUGCAUGCGUUUCUACAUCUGAAAACAGCAUUUUGUAAAACAUGUAUUACAUCUUUCAGUUUUACAAUUCUGUUUAACUAACUGAAGUUAUGUAAACAAAACAAAAAAUAAUUUAAGAUGUUUUCUACAAAAUAGUAGAUUUUGUCUUAAAACCGAUUUCAACAAUCUAAUUGUAAAAACUUUGGAUUGUGAAAUUUCCCAAUUAUAGAAAACUUCAGAUUGUGCCAUUUUCUACUCCACAACUGUUCCAAAAAUCUUUCCAAUUUUCUGGUUUAUGGAUAAAAAGUUCUGUUCUGUACUAUUCAUUAAUAACAUAAAAUUCAUUUUUUUAUUUCGUGUUGCAUUUAUGUCAAGUUCACAAUAGCUAGAAAUUAUUUUAGAUAUGGUUUUGUUUAAAUCAACUUACGUUUACAACUAUUCUAAUAAGUUUUACAUCUUUAUUGUAAUUUUUCACUCAUUGCACUCUAUUUUAUUUUAAUUUUUUUAUGUAUCAUUAAAAAAAUGCAUUUAAUUUAUAUUCAUUUCUUCACGGUAUUUUUUUUAAUAUUUCUCUAUUAAUUUAAGACAAGUGUUAGACUUUGAUAGGGAUUUUCUCUUUUGCAUGUGCCUUCUUACUGUCGAGCUUUUAAAAUUUUUUUAAUGUGCCAAAUGUUUGUACUUUACAUAUUGUCGUGUGUUAUGAGCUUCAAUGUAAUUGUGCAUUAUUUAUAAUAUGAAUGCUUUUUCACUUUUAAGUUUUAAGAAGAAAAAAAAUCUGAGCACUCUUUUUGUAUCAUAACGUUAGAAUGUUAAUUUCAAAAUUUAAGUUAUUCAAAGUAAAGCUAUGUUUUUUAUGUAGUAUACUCUAAAUUAUGAAUAGUAUAAAGUUUGCUACAUCUUUUUUUACAAUGGCUUAUAUCUUAUUGUAGCAGCAAAACCAAUUUAGCAAACAUAUAAAAAUCGUGAACAAUAGCUGUAUUUGCAUCUUUGCCCAAAUUUUUAUAAACUUAUUACCAUUUUGAAUUGCACCAGUUUAAGAUAUUAUAAUGAUAUUUUUCCUAUUAUGUGAUUAUUUUUUUCUCUUGCUUAUAUUUUGCAUAUAACAAAUGUUAUUUAAAUUGCUCUUAACUAAAAGUUGAAUAGAUUUUACGAUUUUCUCUGUGCUAAGUUCUUGACAUAAAUAUUCUUUUUUUAAAGUAAAAUUGAUUUCGUAAAAAUAAAUUUGAUAACCGAACAACAGAUUAUUUUUUUUAAUCAAAUUCUUAUUCUAGCACCUCAAGGUAUCCAGUGAACAUUGCUCAUUUUUUUUCUCUCUUCCCUGUCAGUAUUAAAUGAUUUUGUACAAUAAAAAUUUUUUUUUUGUUUUAAGAUAAUAUGACCAACUCAAGCUCAUGUAGCAUUAAAUUUUGUUCUUUAAUUCAUAUGCUCAUUUAAAAUGUGAUUACAGUUUUCAAAUAAUUAAAAUUUUCAGAGCAUUCAAUUUAGGAUAAUUAAAUGUUCUUAAUUUUGUAUAUUAAUGUGGGCUUAGGAUUAUAAAUUGUUCUUCUAAUUUUAUUAAUUGUAUUGAGUUUAGGCAUUUAUAAGACUUGUAAAACCAUUAGACUGCUUUUUGAGUCGUCAGAUCACUUAUUAUUUAUAACAUUUAAUGCCCUGAAAAUUUCUUCAAAUUUAAGAUUGAAUGAAAAUGGAACACUAAAAGUUAUUGAAGAUGUUAGUUAAGUGAAAAAGUAUGCACAACUAUUUCUUUAUAUUUAUUAUUUCUUUAUGUUAAUUUAAUUGCUGUAUCAAAAAAUAAUUUCUAGCUUUUGUCUACUGUUCGAAAAAUUUAUCAAAUUUAAAAAUUUUAUAUAAUAAAUUAUUUAAAAUUGAGAAUUCUUUAAUACCUGUUUUGUUUACAGUAUUAAUGUUUAGUAUAGUGUACAAGUCUCACUUACUUUAAUAAUUUAAGUCCUUAAAUAUCUUUGAAAUUUAAUUUAUAGUUGUAUUACAUUUAUUGUCAGUGUCUACCUCUGUUAAAAUACUGUGAUAUUUUUUGUUCUUUUGGAUUGUUCAGUGUGUAUUGCAAUAAUUUUGAAGUAUUUCAUUUCUGGGAAGUUAUAAAUAAAUUAAGAAAUUUUAUAGUCUGCAAUUGUUCUGUAUUAUGAUUUAUGUACUUUCAUCAUUUCCCAGUUGUUUGUUAAAAUUAAUUAAUUUAAUUUAUUUUUAUGUGAGUGUGUGGUACAAUUAAAACUUGAAUUUAUGUCAGAAAAUUUAUGAAGAAAAAAAUAAUCUUGUUUUGAUGAUUUGAACUAAGAUUUCAGCCUAUUUGAAUAAUUUUUAUUAAAUAAAUAUACUUAAUAAGAUACAUUAAUUAUGAAAUUUUAUCGUAUUAAUUAUUAAUUUUAUCGUUCCAAUGUCAUUUUAUCCAGUUCCAUUUCCCAAAAUUAUUUUUCUUUUCUAAUUUAAAUUUUCAGUUAUGAAUUGAAUAUUUGUGAGAGCUGUAUAUGUUACCGUCACAUAUUUUUUUUAUUAUAUUGCGUUAUUAUAUCUUUACAAAAUAAUUUUUUUAAACUUACCUAAUAUUCUUUUUAUAUUAUAUAGAGUUUAAUAUUUAUAAUUAAUUCUUAUCAAUAAAACACAUGGCAUGUCUGUUCUUAAGAUUGAUUUUUAAUGAUGUAAUUAAAUCAACUGUAAUUAAUUACAAUCAUCAACAUUAGAAUAAUGUUUUGUGUAUUUGUAAAUUUUAACAAGCUCGAUCUAUGGUUUUAUGUAUAAAAAAAAAUUUAUACCAGGCAGUUCAAAAAUGACAACUUGAAAAAUCAAAGGAAAACGAAAAUAGAUGGUAAUAUUAAGUUUUCUACAUUUUACUAAGGAAACCAAUAAUUUUAUAACAACCAAUUUUUAAAAUUAUUUACAAAAUUGGUCAACAGAUAGUGCUGUUGAGUACAAUGAAACAAUGUUUCUAAAAUAACCUCCAUUUGCAACAACAUUGUGACACUGUCUUGGAACAAAAUUACCGGUAUGUAUUAAAAGCAAAAAUACUGUUUUUGUUUUUUAUCUAAGAUGGUUAUAUCACAGAUAAUCUGCAUAUUUUUACAUAAAAGUAUGCGAAAAUAAAGCCUAUGUAACUAUUUCAGUUUGAAUAGUCUGACAUGCAUUAGAAAAUUCUGUUUUAUAGUUUUUACUGUUAACAAUGCUGUCUGUCGACAAACUUAGUAAUUAAUUUUGAAACUCCAAACCUAAGCACAAUACAGUCAAUAAUAUAUUACAUUUGGAUUAUAAUAUAUUUCGAUUUCCUUCCGUUUUUCUUUCAAAUAAUCAGUCGUUUUCCUGAAACUGGUAUAUAAAUUUCAGAAAAACUUAAAAUUAAACGACUUAAUAGUUUUAUGAAUUACUGUAAAAGGACUUGAUUUAGCAUAAUAUAAUCAUUAUCUCUUUGUUAGUAUUAUUAAUAAAAAUUAAAUAUAAAUUAGGAUAUAAAUAUUUGAUCUCAAAUAAAAUGUAGAGUUGUGUACAAUUAACUUUUCAAAAACUUAUAGCCAUUUCAAUUACUAUAAAUUGACAACUAAUUUUGAGUUUAGGCUUAUAACAUAUGUGACGAUAAAAAAAAAAUUUACAUUUAACUUGCAAGUAUAUUUCUAUAAAUGAGCCAAUAAAUUUUGCUUAGGUAAAUUAUUUUUAAUAUUUGCCAUUAUACUAAUAUAGAAGUCUAUUUUAUAUAUUUUAAGUAUUGCUUCUUGGUAUAUUUAUGUAUAUUGUAUAAAAGAAACUUAGGCACAUUAUAAAUUACUACUGCUGUUGUUUCUGGAUCUUAUGAUUCAAACUAAAGCAUUUUUAUCUUGUAUUGUUGCCUUAAAUUUGCUAAAGAUGCACAAAUUUAAUUGUAAGUGUUCUGCAUUUGUGUAGGAUGAGGAGAACACCAAGGUAUGCUUUUUAAAUAAAGACUGUGAGUAUUUCUGUAUCAUACUUGCUAUUUUAUCUAUGUUUUGUUUGAACAUAUGUGAUUGUUUUAUGCUCUUCAUUACAGAUGUUUAAAAUAUGUUGCAUGCUUGUAGAUGUAAUAUUUUGCACAGUAUUUAGUUAGCUGUUUCAUAUGCUUUUGUGUAUAAUAGUUAUACAAUUCCAUGUUAUUGUAAAAAUAACUUCUAUUGUUCUGUUAUGUAUUACUUAUUAAUGAAUUUUGAAUUGUAUCUGUAUAUAUGGCAAUAAAUUAACAAUUUUUAUAACUUA